AUGGCUUCCGAAACUCCUGCCGACACACAGGCCGACGCCGCAGUGUCGAACUCAGCUUCGCUCGAGAGCCGCAUCACCCUACCCUCAGCGGCUGAGACAGUCAGCGAGCCCCAGGCCUCUACCACCGCUCCCGAGGAGACAGAGAGCACAGUCGAGGAAGCGCAGCGUGACGGCGCGACAACCGAGAAGCACGGCUCAGAACUGCGAGAGCCAGAGUACGACGUGGAUGUGAAGCUGAGCGAUCUACAAGCGGACCCGAACAACCCGUUGCAUUCCGUAAAGACCUUCGAGGAGCUCGGACUUGAACGAUCUAUCCUAAAUGGCAUCUACAACAUGAACUUCCGCUCGCCCUCCAAGAUCCAAGAGUGGGCGCUCCCAAUACUCAUGCAUAACCCGCCGGCGAAUCUUAUCGCUCAAUCCCAGUCCGGCACAGGCAAGACGGCGGCUUUCACGCUCAACAUCCUCCACCGCAUCAAUCUCGAAACAAUGGCGCCACAAUCGCUUAUUCUUGCGCCGAGUCGGGAGCUGGCGAGACAGAUCAAGGGCGUUGUGGAGACUAUGGGUCAGUUCACAAAGGGUCUUGUGGUCACCGCAGCGAUACCGGACCCCAGCCGGCGAGGUCAGAAGUUCGAAGGACAGGUCAUCGUGGGCACGCCGGGGACUACGAUGGACAUGAUCCGGAGGAAGCUGCUCGACGCACGUCAGAUCAAAAUCCUCGUCCUAGACGAGGCGGACAACAUGCUGGAUCAGCAGGGCUUAGGUGAUCAGUGCAAGCGGGUGAAGGCACUGCUACCGAGAAACAUCCAGGUCGUCCUCUUCUCCGCCACCUUUCCACCACAGGUUAUCCAAUAUGCGACCCAGUUCGCGCCGAACGCGCAUCAAAUGACGCUCAAGCACGAAGAGCUCACGGUCGAGGGCAUCAAGCAAGUCUUCCUGGACUGCAACGGCGAGGACGACAAAUACAGGGUGCUGGUGCAGCUCUAUGGUCUCAUGACCAUCGCCUCCUCGAUCAUUUUCGUGAAGCGCCGCGACACCGCCGCCGAAAUCGAGCGCCGCCUCACGCAAGACGGGCACAAAGUCGCCCAACUCAGCGGCGCGCUCGAGGGCCCCCAGCGCGACGAGAUCAUCGACCGCUUCCGUGACGGCCGUGCGAAGGUCCUCAUCACGACCAACGUCCUCGCCCGCGGCAUAGACGUGCAAUCCGUCAGCAUCGUGGUGAACUACGACAUCCCCGAAACCCUCCGCGGUGAGCCAGACUACGAGACCUACCUGCACCGCAUCGGGCGCACAGGCCGUUUCGGCCGUGUCGGCGUCGCUGUCAACUUCGUCCACGACCAGGACAGCUGGCAGAAGCUGGCGAAGAUCGCGGCCUUCUUUGGCGUCGAGUGUAAGCCGCUGCCGACGGACGACUGGGACUUCCUCGAAGAGGAAAUCAAAAAGAUCCUCCGUAGCUCGAGGGCCGGGAAGACGACCAAGGAGAUGCAGAUGCAGACGGAUGGGGCGUCGGCGUAA